CAAUCGUAUACGCUGAUACAAACAACAGCGCGAGUAACCUGGAACGGUGAUAAAUUGGUUGAUUAUAAGACUACUUCAUAAUGGAAGAAGGUGAAAAUGUUGAUCAACGCAAAGCCAAGAAACCUCGACACAGGAUGAAAUCUCUGUAUACCAACAUAAGAAACCAGAUGGAGUUUUACUUCAGUGAUGCAAACUUGCACAAGGAUCGGUUUCUGAAAAAAGCCAUUGAAGCUACCUCAGAUGGAUACAUUGCCCUCGACACUUUCCUGGGAUUCAACAAAAUGAAGUCCCUUACUUCAGAUAUGCACAUGUUGGCGGAGGCCCUGCAUGACAAAUCUGAUAUGCUCCAGGUAAAUGAAGAAAAGACCCAUGUAAGAAGAACCACGCCCAUCUCAGAACCUGUCAAUGUGGAUGAGCGCACAGUCUAUGUGGAGUGUUUGCCACAUGGGAUGGGUCACGACUGGGUUCGGCGGGUAUUUUCCCCAUGUGGGAAGGUGGUCUACGUCAGUCUGCCCCGCUACAACAGCACGGGCGAUAUGAAGGGCUUCGGGUUUGUGGAGUUUGAGACUGUAGAGGGUGCAGAGGCUGCUUGUAAGGAGUUGAACAACCCUCCAGCUAAUUUCUCCCACAGAGUAGGGAUGUUUCCCAAGUCGAGCCAUCAGCUUGAGGCCAUUAAGAAGAAGUUGCCAACUGACCAGAUUAUUGCUACAGAAGAAAAAGCUAAGGGAUUGCUAGUGUCAGAGGAGAUGGUGGAAGGUGACGCAGAAAGUAAAGUCAAUGGCUCCGGUAAUAAGUCGGAGAAAGGUAAAAAACGUAAGACUGAAACUGAUGAAAUGAAAGCCAGCAAGAACGAUAGUAAGAGUGAAAAAAAUGAGAACCAAACAGGUAGUAGUAAAUCAGAAACUGUUGGAAAAGCUGGUAAAUCAAAAAGGCGAAGAACAAACAGUGAAACUGUUGUAGAUUCAGAGACUGCUGAAAGUCCUAUGAAAAGAAAGAAAUCCGAAGUGUCAUUUAAUGUACCAGAUAAAGACAAAGAAUCAAAUGCUGAAGAUGAGGGUAAAAGUACUUCAGGUGGUAAAAAAAGAGCUAAAAAGCGGAAAAGCAGAUCUAAAACAUCUGAUGACUCUGUAAACACCUCAAAAGAUGAAAGUGGUACAGAAAAGUCGAGUGAGGGUGUUCCAGCAAAGAAAGUUAAAAUAGACACUGAUAGUGCUAAUGAGCCAAGUGAGAAAAGUGGUUCUGAGAUGGAAUCAGCAACAGAGAACAUUGGCAUUGAUAAGGAAAACAAGACAAAGAAGAAGAGAAGGAGGAGAAAGAAGUCAAAGAGUGAAAAAGAAGUUCCAGAGCUUCGAGUUAUCGCAAAGAAAGAGUGGCUGGUUUUGAGAGAGGAGUAUCUCAAACUACAGAAGGCCAGCAUGGCCAUGUUGAAAAAGACCCUCAAACCCCCACACACAGAAUCCAAGCAUAAAGAAGGUGACAAGGACAGCAAGGAGCGCAAAGAGAUUGAGUUUCUGGCGGAUGUUAUAGUAAAAGUCUCAUCCGAGCAACCCCUCAAGAGGAAAGAUCUCAAGGCCAGCUUAGGAGAGGAGGUACAGGUUGCCUACAUCGACAUCGGGGAAAGCCAAACAGAAGGCUUCAUACGCUGUAAGGACACAACCUCGGCCAGGACGGUAGCGGACAAACAACAAGAAGGAGUCAAGUUUUCUCUCAUCACUGGUGACGAGGAGAAGCAGUACUGGGAUAAACUAACAGCGGACCGGGAGGCCAAGUUGGGAAACAAGUGCAGGAACAAACGACGCGGACAGCAGAAGUGGAUGGAGAAAGCCCAAAAAGCCAGUGUCGAAAAUUGGGAGAGAAAGCACAUUGUUUUUGAUGAUGAAUGACUUCUUCCCAGUAACGCAGACAAUCGAUUCUUCACAUUUACAACAAUGACGAACGACUUCUUCCCAGUAACACAGACGAUCGAUUCUUCACAUUUACAACAAUGACGAACGACCUCUUCCUGUUUGCUAAUUAUGAAUGACUUCAUCUCAUAAGCACCGAUGACUGACUUCAGCAGUAUAUUGUUUAGUUGUGACACAAACUCAUUUCAUUCGGGGAAAUGCAUCAGUCACUGGAAGGUGAAUGGAAUUUCAUUGUGUUCAAAGACAAAUAUCAUUCAAUGCAGUCGUUGUUUGUUUUAACAUUUAACUGUGUUACGAUUAAUACAUUGGCCAUCAGUUGACGGGUAUUAACCUGUAAAUGUCAUGUGCCAUCAGUUGUGGUUUACACAUAAUUAAGUAAGCUUUUUGUUUCUUUGUGAUAAAUUUGAUGAGUCAAUUAUACUAUAAAUUGUUCCACCAACUAUGUAGAUUGUCAAAAUUGAAUUUCAAGCAAUCUUACUACCUUAAAGUGGACUUCCUUCCUCCUCCUCAUAAUUAUGUAUUAAUGAAACUAAAUUUAUUAAAAUGAACUGCAUUCAACACAA